AGAACAUUUUCAGUUAAAAUUGAGAAAAAAACAUGUCAGACUUCAGAAACCAAAGAUGGUCUCUCAAGGGUAUGACUGCCCUUGUCACUGGCGGAACCAAAGGCAUAGGCUAUGCUAUAGUGGAAGAACUUGCAGAAUUUGGCGCUACAGUACAUACAUGUUCACGUAACCAGACAGAGCUCAAUGACAGAAUUAAAGAAUGGGAGAACAAGGGCUUUAAAGUAAGCGGCUCCGUAUGUGACCUCCAAGUUAGAGCUGACCGGGAGAAGCUGAUGGAAACCGUCUCUUUAAUGUUUGACGGCAAGCUCAACGUCCUUGUCAACAAUGUUGGAACCGCUAUUAUCAAGGAAAGCACGGAAUUCACUGCAGAGGAUUUUUCGGCUCUAACUACUACCAAUUUAGAGUCUGCUUAUCAUCUAUCUCAACUUGCUCAUCCGCUAUUAAAAGCAUCUGGAAAUGGAAGCAUUGUAUUUAUAUCCUCUGCAGCUGGUGUAAUAGCUCUACCUCUAUGUUCUGUCUAUGCCGCAACUAAAGGAGCAAUAAAUCAAGUGACGAAGAACUUGGCAUGUGAAUGGGCAAAGGACGAUAUUCGUGUCAACGCUGUUGCACCAGGGAUUACCAGAACCCCACUCAAACGUGCUAUAACAGAAGAUUUAAAAAACAAUGAAAUAAUGAAUCAUUUGAUAUCCCGCAUUCCAAUCCCCCGGGCUGGAGAGCCUAAUGAGAUUUCAUCAGUGGUAGCAUUCUUAUGCCUCCCAGCGGCCUCAUAUAUCACCGGGCAGGUUUAUUGCGUUGAUGGAGGACUCACUGUCAGCGGGUUUUAAACCAAACAGCCAGUCGAGGGUUUUACUAUGGCAGAUGCUUCUUAAUAAUCUCCCUUCUGUACUGCUGGUUUUUUUUUUUUUUUUCCCUGUGACUGAGGUG